UCCCUCUCUUUUUCCACAGAUAUCAUCUGGGUGAUCCUCAGCGUGGAAGUUGGAGGACUUCUAGGUGUAACACAGCAGCUGUCAUCCUUUGAAACAGAGUUCAACACGCAACCACAUCGCAAGGUAGAAGGAAACUUUAACCCAUUCGCCUCUCCACAGAAGAACAGGCAACCAGAUGAAAACAACCUAAAAGACCCUGGGGGUUCCGAGCUAGGCACAAUCAGCAAAAACACAUGGGGGCCUGGUCCUGACCAAAUCGAACAAGAUCAGAAUGGACUGUCACAAAACUCUGUAAAUCUCUCCCCCAGCAGUCACUCAAACAACUUGUCGGUAGUGACGUACAGUAAGGGUUUCCACGGUCCUUAUCCCUUUGGACAGUCUUAA